AUGCUCCACCUAAGGUCCAACUCCGAUCCACCACUGAGUCCCUCGACGCUGGCUUCCUGGGAUUUGCCUAUCUUGACGAGUCGGCCUGUGACGCCUCUGGCACUGCAACCACACGAUGCCGACGCCUAUGUGAAGAGGCCUCUCCCGCCUCUGCCUCCCAUGAAGAACAACUCGGCUGCUGUUCCGCCGCCUCUCAAGAUCAACAAGAAGAGGAGCAAGCCAGCCGCCCUGCCAGUGGGGCCGGGACCGAAGAAUGCGCCGCAAAUUGAAGCUGGAGCUGAAAGUCGAAUCGCCUCGCCCUCGCCCGCGCCCUCGCCCCGCCAAGCCCCGAGCACCCCCGUCAAGAACGCCCAUCCGCCUCGCCAGUCGAGCCUCCCUAGCCCUGUGGCCAGCCUUAGGCACCGAAAGUCAAAGAAGGUGCUGCAGCUCAUGGGGCUCGACGUCGACGUUACGAAUCUCGUCGGCAUCACUUCCCAGGAGGCCGAGAAGGAGGCUGUGACUCGAAGCAGCCGAAGCUUUGAGGACCCAUCUGCCCCGAAUCCGGCUGCUCUUUUGCAGCUUCCAGAGGAAGGGCUAAUCCCUGUUUUGGAAGACGAUGAUGGUAUGGCUAGCUUGUCGAGCAAGAAAAGCUCUUGGGGACCAGGAUCGCCGCACUCGACGUCUGCAUUUCCCCUGGGCUCCAAGAAUUCUGUUCGCCGCCGCCGAAGUGCCCGGAUCUUUGACCAGGAUGGCUUAGGCCAUCUUGCGGCGCAGGAAGAUAGCUUCGUGCCGUCGAACGAGGAGGAAGAGCUAGGCGAUGAGAGUGACGAAGACUUGACAGCUGGCGAGUAUCACAAGUUUGCUGUCGAGCUGGCCUCCUCCGCGGUGCCCAAGACUAGCCUCGACGAAGUCAAUGCUGCAGAGUCCAUGGGGAGGCGGUCAUCCAUCUUGAGCUUCAAAUCAGGCUCUCAUUUCUCUCGCCUCCGAAGGAAAGCAACCACUUCCGUUCGACCAACCACUGCUGAUCCGCACUCGCACUCUAGGAGAGUGGGCAGCAGCGGUUCAGUCGAGAUACCUCCUGUCCCUGCUCUUCCACCUGCUGAGCCCGAGGAGCCCUCGGUUCCCAAGAGUGCGUUUGAUGAGAGCGACUCGGAUAGCGACUCGCGACCAAACAGCAGGAGCCGAUGGCGCAACCGUUCUUCACACAAGGAAGAACGAGGUAGAGACUCGCCGGCGAUGGUGCGCCGAGACGACGAGUCGAGCCUGUCGCGAGGAUGGGCGAAGACAGGAGACUCAAUGAACCGGCUGCUGACCGUCGGUAGAAGACGGAGGGACCAGCAGCAAGCUGGCGUCGUGAGCGAGAAUGUUUUUGCGUAA